UAGGGGAAUGAAUCGUCUCUCUAUAUUUAUCUCAAACGCGUCUGUGUGCUGACUGUUUUGCUAGGGACCCUCGCUUCGCUGGCCUCAAAAGUUAGCCCUUGUCACUCCUUAACGGGGGACCGCCGGCUCUCCUCCGCCUCCAUUUCUGUCAAACCCAUCUUCUUAUUCUUCCUCAUCUUCAUCUUUAAAUCUAAUCGAGGAGCAACCAAAGACCAGAACCCACCUAGAUCUUCCUCUAUAUAACCUCUGCAAUUCGUCCCUCUUUGCAGAUCUCCUUACUUUUCUUCUUGACUGUACUUCGAUUUAUUGGUUCCUCUGUUUUUUGUUUCCUACCCUUUUGGUUAAGCUUUUGACUGAUUCUGUUGAUUGGGGUUAAUUAGGGGUUUGGUUUUUUUUUUCCCUUUCUGAUUUGAAUCGUUUGUGGGUUUAAUUUGUUGAAUGCGAAUCCGUAGACUUGGGUUCUAGAUUGAUUUAAGUGUUUUAUCUGACCAAUCCGUAUAGAAAUCUGGUGGAGGAAGUGGGUUUGGCUUUGACUACUAUUCUGUUUCAAAAACCUCUUAAAUCUUCGACUUCGACUCUUUUGAUUUAUUUCUUUCUUUCUUUUUCUUUGUUCAUUGUAACCAGUAAUUUUCUUGGGGUUUCUGUUUGUGAUAAGAAAAAUAGUGGGGUUUUUGGAAAAUAUCUCCUUGAUCCUGAUUGUUAUGAUUAGCAGAGGAAUAAAGAAUGAGAAGUCAGUUCAUUUGUACGGUAACGUUUUAUUAAUACAUUAUCUACAUUGUGUUUGACUGAGGAAGAAGAAGGAUAUAAAAUAAGGUAGGGGGGAAAACAAAACCUUCUGUGAUUGGAAAUUUUUGGUUUUCAUAAUAAUCACUUUGUAGGGGAGUAUUUUUCUUUUAAAAUGUGGAGGAUUCUUUGGAUGAGAUGAGGGAUGUUAUCGGAGUUGAUGAACUUUUUGAGGGCCUGUUUCCAGUCGAGCUCCGAUCGGCAUGGGGCGGGGGAAAUCAGGGGGCGGCAAGAAGGGUUGCUAUGGUACAAAGAUAGUGGACAACACUUGAAUGGAGAGUUUUCAAUGUCUGUGAUUCAGGCUAACAAUUUGCUCGAAGAUCAAAGCCAGAUUGAGUCAGGCAGUUUGAGCUUACAAGAGUCUGGCCCCAGAGGAACAUUUGUUGGUGUGUAUGAUGGCCAUGGAGGCCCAGAGACUUCUCGGUAUAUCUGUGAUCAUCUUUUCCAGCAUCUCAAGAGAUUUACUUCUGAGCAAGAUUUAAUGUCUGCGGAUGUAAUACGCAAGGCGUUUCAAGCGACGGAAGAGGGUUUUCUUUCAAUAGUUCGAAGUCAAUGGCCAACAAAUCCUCAAAUUGCAGCUGUGGGUUCAUGCUGUCUAGUUGGUGUAAUUUGUGAUGGGACUCUCUAUGUUGCAAAUCUAGGCGAUUCACGUGCUGUUUUGGGUAGAGCAGUGAAGGCAACUGGCGAGGUUCUAGCCAUUCAGUUAUCAACAGAGCACAAUGUUUCCAAUGAGUCAGUGAGGCAAGAGCUGCAGUCUUUGCAUCCUGAUGACCCGCAAGUUGUGGUUUUAAGGCAUAAUGUUUGGCGAGUAAAGGGCAUAAUACAGAUUUCCAGAUCUAUAGGUGACGUGUACUUGAAAAAAGCUGAGUUCAAUAGAGAACCAUUGUAUGCAAAGUUUCGAGUUCAGGAACCUUUCAGAACGCCAUUUUUGAGCGCUGAACCAGCCAUUUCUGAGAUCCAGUUGAAACCAGAUGAUCAAUUUGUUAUAUUUGCAUCAGAUGGUUUGUGGGAGCACCUUAGCAAUCAGGAAGCGGUUGAUAUAGUUCAUAGCCACAAACAAAGUGGAAGUGCAAAAAGACUGGUCAGAGCUGCACUUCAAAUAGCUGCAAAGAAAAGAGAAAUGAGGUACUCAGAUUUGAAGAAGAUCGGCCGUGGCGUCCGUCGCCAUUUCCAUGAUGACAUCACUGUGGUGGUUGUAUUUCUUGAUACAAAUCUGCUCUUCAAAGCUAGCUCCAUGAAGAGCAUGAGCGUCUCACUUCGAGGUGGUGGACUCAACCGGCUUCCUAACUCUUUAUCCCCUGUCACUACGCCCGUGUAGAACCCGGAAAUCCCUGAUUGAAGGCAUUGGUAUGGAUCAUUUGCUGUAUUUUCUCCCUCCUAUGUGAAUAGUAAGUAGUUUCCAGUAGAAAGUAAGAGUUGUAGGCCCAUCCAACUCAUUGUUCUAGAUUAAAGGAAGAGUGGAACUUAAAAGAAAGGUGGUACAAUCAGAUAUUUAUUAGUGGGUUAAAUCUUUGUAAUGUGAAACUCUAUGUAACUCUGCCUGUUCCACCUCUUUUGGUAUAAUUUCAGGUCUGUAAGUUCUAUACUCAAAUCUCUUAAACUUGUGCCCUUUUCCUUUUAGAAAAUGCAACCAACUUUUGUAACUAGCUUCAAUUUGAAUAACUAUAAUAAUUCCUUUGUAGGGUGUUUUCCCUG